UCAGUGCGCCUUCGUUGGAUAAGCCGCCCUCUCCCUCCCGCUGUCCACCUCCACCUCACAGGCACACCAUCCAGGCUUCGCUUCCUCCAAUCCACGACAAUGGCGCCCGCGUCGCUGACGAGAUUGACCAACCCGUUGCCGUGCGCCUCUCCAUCUCCAAGAUGCCGGCGCCGGCCGGGGAGAUCUCCGCCGGCGAGGGCGGCGGCGUGCGGGGUGGUUUCCAGGAGGAGGGCGGUGUCGGAGAUGGCGAUUCUUGGCGGCGCCGCCGCGGCCGCGGCCUCCUGCUGCGUCGAUCUCUUCUUCGCCCACAUGCCUGCCCGUGCCGCCACGCUGGAGCCUGAUGUGAUCAGGUACAGAAAGCUGGACAGUGGAGUGAAGCUUGAAGAUGUUGUGGAUGGCGAGGGUCCAGAAGCACGUGAAGGAGAUGUCGUGCAAUUCAACUAUGUGUGCCGCCGCGCAAAUGGUUAUUUCGUGCAUAGCACGGUUGACCAGUUUAGCGGCGAGAGUAAGCCGGUCACACUUGCACUUGAUGGAAAAGAGAUGAUUCGAGGUCUCAAAGACGUCAUCGUUGGAAUGAAGACAGGAGGUAAGAGGAGAGCUCUGAUACCUCCUCAAGUAGGUUACACUGAUGAGAGCUUGCAGCCCAUACCAGAAGAGUUCGGUCCACGGCGAAGCCUCCUGUCACAUGCCAAGGAGCCUCUGGUGUUUGAGGUUCAGCUGCUCAAGGUCCUCUGACCCUGAAUUUUUCUGCCAUUAUCUAAUCAUCACAUCCUAUAGUGUUCACUCUUCAAAGAAUAUGCAUUUCUCUUUCAGAAUAAACUCAGAAAACUGUACUGUUUCAUAUGUAUAAGAUACAGUGAUCACUUGCUGAUUUGAAACGCAACUAGCAGCAAGUUGAAUCAAUGAAAGAGACAAUGAACAGCUUCUAGCCAGUCUUCUUCA